UUUAUUAAGGUUCACCAAAGUGACAAACGCCAUACGAUUAUGGUUUUGAAUCCGUCAUUGUCGCAGUUGAACUAAAAACAGGUAUUAUAGAUUUAUGCCAAAUUUAGGAGAUGGAGAUGAAAAUUACAACGUAACAUGUCUGGCCUUGCAUCAAAAAAUAUGUUGAGCUACUGGUUUUGAUUUGCCUAACCACCAUUAGGGGGGGUGGUAGAUCAAAAUCAAGUGCCACCAUUCUACACUUUUGAGUUUUCCAACCUGAAGUCUUUCUCUUCUUCGGUUGGAUGCUCCAUAACAUCCAAUCAAGAACACCAAAACCUUCCAAAACAUUUUUUUCCAUGUCUUCUUGAACAUUCAUUCGUUCUUCAUUGCCAAACUCAGCCAGGGCAUCAUACGAACGAUUGAUUCUAGCAAGCAUUUUACCGGGAGGUGAUCAGAAAUUUGUAGCUGGUUCCAUUGAGAAGCGGGAGAACAACUAUAAUACAUUUUGAGGUUACACUUUUGAGGUGCAAAGAUAGAUCUAAAAGCUCCAAUAAUGUCGUCGGGCGCCGUGAAAGGCCAGGUCAAAGGCCAGGUGAAAGGCCUCCUCAAAGGACUCAGAUACAUAUCCCAAAUAUUUGAUGAAGAGGAUGAAAAACAGCAGAUAGAGAUUGGGUUUCCAACAGACGUAAAACAUCUGGCACACAUUGGAGCCGAAAACGCGAAAGCAAGCCAACCAAGCUGGCUAACUGAGUUCAAAGAAUCAUCAGAAGGUUCAUCUGGAACAGUGGUGAACCCCGUCAAGGCCACACCUGAAGGUAGUAAUAGUGAUGCUAAUAGCAAAGGUAAUAAUAAUAGUGAUGCUACUAGCAAAGCUAAUAACAGUGAUGCUACUAGCAAAGGUGAAGGGAAGCGAGGCCGAAAGUCAAGGCCUCGCUCUUCUGAGAACCAAUCCACGAUGAGUUCUCCCAGCCGAGAGAGCUCGACGGAGGGAUCCAAGCCCAGCCGCCGAAACCAGGAAUCGUCUAAAAAGGCAAACCGUCAAUCAUCGGAAGAUGAGAAGCCUCCGACAGCGUCGAAACCCCGCAGGAAGUCGAAGACGUCAUCCGAGGACAAGGAUGGUGGAUCCGUUCGGAGGUCGUCGGAGGACAAAGAAGGUUCGUCAAGGAGGGCACCACGAGGACGAAGACAUUCGAAGGGAGGUUCCUUAACUGAAUUCUCCUUCUCAGAAUCUGGACCUCAAUAGAAAUACAGAGUGAAACGAUGGACCAGCAGCAGAUUCAGUUUAGAGAGAGAUUUCAGGGCCAGAAAUUAAUCAUCAUCCAAUCUUCAUACGCAUACAUACUAAGUAUAUAACCAAUCCUGCUUGGUGUUCUGACCAAUGUCAACUUUUUAUCUUCGUUUUGUUCAGUUCCUUCUUUUUCUUUUUGUAAUACUGUCACUGGCUAUUUUGGAUCCUCCGGAUUCAAUUGUUACCAAAACAUGUAACAAUUUUUUAAAUUGGUAUAAAGU